GGCGUAUAUAAGGCCCGCCGGCCCGGCCCAAGUCAGUCAUUCACCGGACUACCAGCCCAAUACACACACCAAACAUGAAGGCCUUUAUUGUGUUCGCCUGCUUAGCCGUCGCGACGGCCCGCGCUGGAAUCGCCCACGGUGGCGGAUAUGGUGGCUAUGGUGGUGCCGGUUUGGCCAUCACCGGACACGGCCUGCGUGGUGGUGCCGGUCUGACUGGUGGACUCGCCGCUGGUGCUGGAACCGCUGCCUCCCUCCAGGGUGGUGCCUCCAGCUUGGGAUCUGGUGGUCUUGGUGCCAGCUAUGCUGCUGGUGCGGCGGCGGCGGCUGGUGCUGCUGGAGUUCAGCAGAUCGUCUCUGGUGGAGUCUAUGGUGGCAGGUCUGACAUCGGACCCGCUGAGGGACCCAAGGCCAACGUUGGACCCCAGACCGGACCAUCUGAUCUCGUAGGACCCCAGGAGGGAGCCAAGUCCAUUGGUGGACCCCGCACUGGCCCCGCCAGUCUUGUAGGACCCGCUGCCGGCCCAUCCACCCUCGUUGGACCGUCCCAGGGAACCGCCACCCUCGUAGGACCAUCCCAGGCUACCGCUAACCUCGUUGGACCCAGCUACGGAGGUGUUGCCUUCUACGCCGGAUCUGGUGGCAUCAACGGUGAUGACGGAAGCUCUGGUGUUGCUGCUAACGCCGCGCCUGGUGCUGGUCUCGGUGGAAUCGGCCUUGGCGGUGCUGGACUCGGCCUUGGCGGUGCUGGACUCGGCCUUGGCGCUGGUGGUGCUGGUGCCAUUGCUGUCAUCGGAGGUGGUGCUGGAAUCGGUGGUGGAUAUGGUGCCCUCGGUGGUGGUGAUGCCGGAGUUGCUGUGAUCAACGGACCAUCUGGCGCCAUCCACGCUGGACUCGGCGCUCACGGAGCCGUCAUCCCCGCGCCCAUCAAGUGGGCGUAGACGUUUUAAGACCCCAGCGAUCUCGGCUCGGCGACGGCGGCAAACCCACCACAGUCACUUACCGGUCUCGAACGAUCCUCAAACGCGCUCAACGUCUUCUUCCCAAAGCUUCGUCCAGUCUCGGAACAUAGCCGGUGCAGCCCUCGGUUUUAGUGAUAUGAUCAGUCAAACACUCGGAACACACACGGAACGGUCGAAUCGGUCGUGCAUACGUACACCGCGAGCCGAUAUGAAGCGCGCGAUCCGGAGGACAGACGGAUAAGAUCGUGAGAGGACGGCACCGAGAUUUCGGCCUACGUGAUCCGCGGCCUCGCGUCGUUUGCUCCUCGUUCUCGACCCGCUAUACAACCGGGUAAAAUUUAGUCAAUUACCGUUCAUCGAGAGACCAACGAUAAAGGAAGCUCGGCGGCGGGCCGCGGUUUUACCGGUCUUGGCGUACGAACACCUCGCCGUACCUCGACGAGCUUUCACCCGCGAAUUGGCGAACGUCGUCUUUCGGACACUAUCAAACACUACUUAAACGCGACGCGCAUUUCCGAGUUGCGACCGUGUGCCGCAAAGCCACCCCGUGCGCACACGCGUAUCACGCUGCACCGUCAUGAGCCUAGCGAGUGGGCGAGCUUUGGCACUUCGUCGUCGGAUCAACCGGAUUUGUUCUGUUUUCUGAACAUCUACCGUUGCUCCGGCUGGAAACCUUCUUUUUCUUACGUCUUCCACCAUCCGUAAGGCCGCCGCUCUUCACGCACAUAUCUAUUUCUCUCUUUUUCCACGGGUCGCUUCCAUGGCGUUCCCGGCAUGUUGUUAUACGUACCGCCGCACCCCAAGCAUACAUAUUAUUAUUACUCGCGUCCAUGCGCACAUAUGUUCUUCUUAUAUAUAUGUAAACAUAUUACUUCCGCGCAU